UCUUUCACGCGCUCGCUCCUCAUGCGUGACAAUGCAGCGCUCGCGCUCCGAGGGCGCCACGUCGUGCUGGUUCCCUACACUGCCGAGCACGUCCCGCGGUAUCACGAGUGGAUGGCGUCUGAGGAACUCCAGCGACUGACUGCAUCAGAGCCGCUUUCGCUCGAGGCCGAGUUUGAGAUGCAGCAAUCCUGGCGCAACGACGCGGAUAAAUGCACGUUUAUUGUGCUGGCACAGCUCGACGGGACGAAUCCGUUGCAAAGUGACAAGGACGAGAUUGCGAACAUGGCUGGCGAUGUCAACCUGUUUCUCAAUGAUCCGGACGAGCCGCACACUGCAGAAGUGGAAAUUAUGAUUGCAGAACCCAAAUUUCGACGCCGAGGCCUUGCUCGCGAAGCUAUCUUGAUGAUGCUUGACUAUGGCGUUCGAGACCUGCACCUCACCAAGUUUGUGGUCAAGAUCGGCCUGGACAACAACGCGAGUCGAGAACUAUUUCGCAAGCUCGGCUUUGCAUUCGUGAGCGAGAGUCGCGUCUUUCAGGAGGAGACCCUGUCGCUGGACGUCGCCACUCCUGAGCAGCAAACGCACAUUCAGCAGUUGUUAACAUCCGCCAUCGAGCCCGUAUCUACUGUGGAGCGUCUCCGAUAUCCUACAAGCACAUCGAGUUCAUGAAAGUUCUUGUGGUUGUUUGUGAUUCCUAGCACCAAGAACAACGAUUGCUCAGAAUGC